AUGGAGAGCGAAACGAGCGAGGUGGCUGCGUCACCGGCUUCGGAGGAGGUGCUGCAAAGGAGGGACUUGGAGGUAAAUAUCCUGCAAACGCUGCCUCCCCUGAGCACACUUGCUCGUGAUGAGGAGUCUGUGCACAAGCUGCCGCUCAAGUCGUUGCGAUUCCUCGACUGGCUGUUCCACCCACCAGCUUUCCGAUUGAAAGAGAUCACUGUAGACGAGUUCAACGUCAAGACCUCCUUCCAUUCCGAAACCGCUGGUGCUGCCCGCUCGGGCUCCCUGCCACAACACAUCUUCGAGGUCGUCUACGACGAGUCCCCUUCGUCCUCCACUUCUGGCGCAGCAUCGUUUGCCUUGGAAGCACUGCAGCGGUAUCAGUCUGUGGCUCAGAAGCACGGCACGGUGGUGGGGUACCAUGCUUCGUCGCUCGAGAACUUUCACUCCAUAUUGUGGAACGGGCUCGACACCAAGUACUCCAAGCAGGGCCUCUUUGGCGAGGGGAUCUACCUCUCCACCGACGCCUCCGUGUGCAUGACCUUCUGGACCUCGGCUCCUUCGUGGGAAAGGAGCGCGAUCGGCCCUCGAGUUGGCCUUAUUGCUGGAUGUGAGGUGGCCAACGACCCCGAGUACGUGUCUCACGGCAAGCGGGAGACGAACGACGCGAGUUUACCCGAGCAGUAUCUGCUCUCAAAAAGCAAUGACCAUGUCCGCGUGAAGUACCUGCUCGUACUCUCGGAGGCACACAAGCCCAAAGCGCCGCAGAGGAAGAUCAAUAGGAACGCUCUCGUGAUCUUCCUUUUCGUGCUUCUCCUCGCCUUUGUCGCCUUUCUCCGAUCUCCCGCUUGGAAACGCCUCCGUAACAAGUGGCUCGGCCGCUGA